AUGAACGAAUAUAUAACACUCGGUCACAUGUUAUUAGUCAAGGGUGAAUCGGAGAACGGAUAUUUCUUACCGCAUCACGCGGUUAUUAAAGCAUCAAGCAACACCACAAAGAUUCGCACCGUAUUCGACGCCUCCGCGAAAACCAACCGCGGCAUGUCACUCAACGACAUGUUACUAGUCGGGCCAACGAUACAAGAUAAACUUCUCGAUCAUUUAUUACGAUUUCGCGUGCAUAAGUACGUCGUGACGGCCGACAUCGAGAAAAUGUAUCGUCAAAUACUCAUACAUCCGAACGAUCGAAAAUUUCAGAUAAUCUUCUGGGAAACGGAAAACGGUAUUCGAACAUACGAGCUCAAUACGAUGACGUUCGGCGUUGCGUCCGCGCCGUUCCUUGCGAUACGAACUAUCCAACAACUCACCGACGACGAAGGAUCGAAAUUCACUCGGGCACGCGACGUUUUGAAACGCUAUUUAUACGUAGACGAUUUGUUGACCGGCGCGGAUUCUCUAGACGAAGUUCUCAAAAUUCGCGACGAAAUCAUCAAGCUUUUACAACGGGACGGGUUUAACAUCCGACAAUGGGCCUCUAAUCACAAACAUGCGCUCAACAAUAUGAGCGAGAAAAUUUUAAACUUAGAUUGCGCGAUUGAACAAAACGCCAUAUUAAAAACAUUAGGAGUCGUGUGGAAUUCAAACCAAGACGAACUGGUUUUUACCGUGAAACCAUUCGAUUUAUCUGCAAGGGUAACGAAACGCAACAUUUUGUUCAAAAUCGCAAGGAUCUUUGAUCCUCUCGGUCUGCUCGGCCCCGUAGUGCUGUACGCGAAAAUCAUAAUGCAAAAAUGUUGGUUAGAUAUAUUAGAAUAA